AGUCACACAAUUAAUAUCUCAAUCCCAAACACACAACCAAUCCAAAAUGCCUUCUUCAUCUUCUGUGACUGUCACUUCCAAAUGCACAGUUUAUCCAAACCAGAAAUCCACGAUCAAAUCCCUCAAGCUUUCGGUCUCCGACCUUCCCAUGCUCUCCUGCCACUACAUUCAGAAGGGAGUUCUCUUCAAUUCCCCACCUUACUCCACUAACGACCUUGUCAAUUCUCUGAAGCAAUCUCUCUCGGUUGCCCUGACUCACUUUCCGGCUCUCGCCGGCCGUUUUGAGACUGACUCCGACGGGUACGUCCACAUAGUCUGUAACGACGCCGGCGUCUAUUUCAUCCAGGCCAAGGCCAAACACCUAACCGUCAACGGCGUUUUGCCUCUCAAUUGCGAUGUCCCUCAUUGCUUCAAAGAGUUCUUCACCUUUGACCAGACAAUUAGCUACUCCGGCCACGACAAGCCCUUGGCUGCCGUACAGGUGACGGAGCUCGCAGACGGAGUCUUCAUUGGCUGCAGUGUCAACCACUCCGUCACCGAUGGGACCUCCUUCUGGCAUUUCUUCAACACUUUAGCCGAGAUUAACAAAGGCGCCAUGAAGAUUACGAAGUCGCCGGACUUCUCCCGCGACACUAUAUUCAAUUCCUCGGCUGUGCUUCGAGUCCCUGUAGGCGGCCCUACGGUCACCUUUUCCGGCAACGAGCCGCUAAGAGAAAAAAUCUUCCACUUCACUCGAGAAUCAAUUCUGAAACUGAAAUCCAGAGCCAACAAUGGCUUCUCUCAAUCCGCUGGGCUUUACGGGAAGUCGCUCAACGACAACUGGAAUUUUGCCGCCAAAACACGAACCGAAAUCUCCUCCUUCCAGUCACUGAGCGCGCAGCUAUGGCGCUCGGUGACACGUGUCAGGAACUUAGAACUGUCCAAACCUACAACGUUCCGGAUGGCAGUGAACUGCCGCCACAGGCUGGAGCCGAAGAUGGACUCGCACUACUUCGGGAACGCCAUCCAGAGUAUCCCUACGAUCGCCACCGCCGGCGAUCUUCUCUCUCAUGAUCUCCGUUGGGGAGCUAAUCUGCUGCAUAAGAACGUGGUGGCGCACGACAGCGACACAGUGCGCCGCGGCGUAGAAGAUUGGGAGAGCGCACCGAGGCUGUUCCCGUUGGGUAACUUUGACGGCGCGUCAAUGACAAUGGGAAGCUCGCCGAGGUUUCCGAUGUACAACAAUGACUUCGGGUGGGGGCUUCCCCAGGCCGUACGGAGCGGUAGGGCUAAUAAGUUCGACGGUAAGAUAUCGGCGUUCCCUGGAAGAGAGGGUAACGGAAGCGUUGACCUGGAGGUGGUUUUGGCGCCGGAGACGAUGGCGGGGCUGGAGUUGGAUGAGGAGUUCAUGCAGUACGUGACGACGGUGUGAGCGGUUCGGUUGUGGACGGUGAUUACCGUUGAGUCGAAAGUUUGAGAUGGGGUCAAAAGCUCGUUGAUGGCAUAUGGAUGGUUGUGAUGAGACGGGAAAACAGCGAUGUUUAGCCGAGUAGUGGGCAGAUGUGUACUAUAUAAUUAGAUUUAUGUAUAAUUAAUCCCUGGUGUUAAUCUAGUAGUUGAACGUGACGAAAUUUGCGAAUAAUGCACUUAAUAGACUCCUAAUUUCUGUGUUUAAUUAUUUGCUUGUAACUUUGCGCUAUAAAAAUGUGGUUCAACAGCCACUGUAGUUGGAAGUAGGAACGAAAUGCAGUACUGAUCUCUGAUCGUUGGGCCUCGCUGUCUCACAUCCUCUGGAAUCAUCCUCAUUUGUAUUAGUAUACUUAAUGAUAUUUUAAUGUCUAUUUUCUGCUAAAAUCUAUGUAUUAUUUUCCGAAAUGUAAUAAUCAUCCUUAUGUGUAUGCUUAAAUGUUCAUAAUUAGAUUUGGAAUGAUGUAUUUACAUCAAAUUAUUGAAAGUUAUCAUCAAGA